GCCCCGUGCCUGCCUCCUAGAGCUCAUUCCCCACGCCACCGGCUGCCCUGACUGUCCGGGACGGCGUGCUCGCCAGCCACUGCCAGCCAUGGCAGGGCCCCGGGGCCUCCUCCUGCUCUGCCUCUUGGCCUUCCGCCUGGCAGUCUUCACCUUCGUCAGGGGGCAGGUGCAGUCCAAACGCUGUGACGUGAAGACCAAGCUUGUCACUCACGUACCCUGCACCUCCUGCGCUGCUAUCAAGAAGUGGGCGUGUCCCCCAGGCUGGCUCCGCGAGUUCCCGGAUAAGAUAUCCCAGGACUGCCGCUACGAGGUACAGCUGGGGGACUCUGUGGUGUCCAUGAGCGGCUGCAGCCGGAAGUGCUGGAAGUACGUGGUGCAGAAGUCCUGCUGUCCUGGCUACUGGGGGUCCCGGUGCUAUGAAUGCCCUGGCGGGGCUGACACCCCAUGCAAUGGCCACGGGACCUGCUUAGAUGGCAUGGCCAGGAAUGGGACCUGCGUGUGCCAGGAAAACUUCAGUGGCACAGCCUGCCAGGAGUGCCGAGAACCUAACCAGUUCGGGCCUGACUGCCAGUCAGUGUGCAACUGUGUACAUGGCGUGUGCAGACAUGGGCCGCUUGGGGACGGAAGCUGCCUGUGCUUUGCUGGAUACACUGGCCCCCACUGUGACCAAGAACUGCCCGACUGCCAGGUCCUGCACUGUCCCAAGAAUUCCCAGUGCUCUGCAGAGGCCCCCACCUGUAAGUGCCUGCCGGGCCACACGGAGCAGGGCAGUGAAUGCCGAGCUCCCGACCCCUGCUCGCCAUCACCCUGCUCCCCGUUGGCCCAGUGCUCAGUGAGCCCCACGGGGCAGGCUCAGUGUCACUGUCCUGAGAACUACCAUGGUGACGGGAUAGUGUGUCUGCCCCAGGACCCGUGCACGGCCAACCUUGGUGGCUGCCCCAGUAACUCCACUUUGUGUGUGUACCAGAAGCCAGGCAAGGCUUCCUGCACCUGUCUGCCAGGCCUGGUCAGCAUCAAGAACAAUGCCUCUGCGGGCUGCUUUGCCUCCUGCUCCCCCCACUCCUGUGACCGGUCAGCCACCUGCCAGGUGACACCUGAUGGGAAGACCAGCUGUGUGUGCAAGGCAGGUGAGGUGGGAGAUGGGCGUGCCUGCUACGGACACUUGCUCCACGAGAUGCAGAAGGCCAACCAGAUAGGCCGGGUGUUCCUGCAGCUGAGAGUUGCCACAGCCAUGCUGGACCAAGGCUGCCGGGAGAUCCUCACCACGUCGGGCCCAUUCACCGUGCUGGUGCCAUCUACUGCCACCCUCCCCUCCAGGAUCAUGAAUGUAUCCCUUGCCCAGCAGCUCUGCAGACAGUACAUCAUCGCAGGACAGCACAUACUGGAGGACAUGAGUACCCAGAAAACACGAAGGUGGUGGACACUGACCGGGCAGGAGAUCAUCGUCACCUUCAGCCACUUCACAAAAUACAGCUACAAGUACAAAGACCAACCCCAGCAGACAAAUAGCAUCCUCAGGGCCAACAACGUGGCAGCCAACGGCGUCUUCCACGUGGUCACUGCCCUGCGGUGGCAGUCACCCUCAGGGAAUCUUGGGGAUCCCAAGAGAACUGUUGGCCAGAUCCUUGCCUCUACCGAGGCCUUCAGUCGGUUUGAAACCAUUCUGGAGAAUUGUGGGCUGCCCUCCAUCCUGGACGGACCUGGGCCCUUCACAGUCUUUGCUCCAAGCAACGAGGCUGUGGACAGCUUACGUGAUGGCCGCCUGAUUUACCUCUUCACAGAAGGUCUCUCCAAACUGCAGGAGCUAGUGCGUUACCACAUCUUCAGCCGUGGCCAGCUAACCAUUGAGAAGCUCAUCUCCAAGGGUCGGGUUCUCACAGUGGCAAAUCAGGUCCUGGCUGUAAACAUCUCUGAAGAGGGGCGCAUCCUGUUAGGACCCGAGGGCAUCCCACUGCAGAGAGUGGAUGUGCUGGCUGCUAAUGGCGUGAUCCACAUGCUGGAGGGUAUCCUGCUGCCUGCAACCAUCCUGCCUAUCCUGCCCAAGCACUGUGAUGAGGAGCAGCACGAGAUCGUAGAGGGUGCCUGUGUGGACUGCCAAGCCCUGAACACUAGCACAUGUCCCCCCAAUAGCAUGAAGUUGAACAUCUUCCCCAAGGACUGUGUCUACAUUCAUGACCCUACUGGGCUCAACGUGCUGAAGAAGGGCUGUGCCCACUACUGCAACCAGACCAUCUUGAAACGUGGCUGCUGCAAGGGAUUUUUUGGCCCUGACUGCACACAGUGUCCAGGGGGCUUCUCUAGCCCCUGCUAUGGCAAAGGCAAUUGCAGCGAUGGUAUUCAGGGCAACGGGGCCUGCCUCUGCUUUCCAGACUACAAGGGCAUCGCCUGCCACAUCUGCUCCAACCCAAACAAGCAUGGAGAUCAGUGCCAGGAAGACUGUGGCUGUGUCCAUGGUCUCUGUGACAACCGUCCAGGCAGUGGAGGGGUGUGCCAGCAAGGCACAUGUGCUCCUGGCUUCAGUGGCCGCUUCUGCAAUGAGACCAUGGGGGACUGUAGGCCCACAGGGCUGGCCCAGCACUGCCAUCUGCAUGCCCGCUGUGUUAACCAAGCAGGUGUUGCCAGAUGUCUCUGUCUCGAUGGCUUUGAGGGCGAUGGCUUCUCCUGCAUACCCAGCAACCCCUGCUCCCACCCAGACCGUGGCGGCUGUUCUGAGAACGCUGAGUGUGUCCCUGGGGCUCUGGGCACCCACAACUGCACAUGCCACAAAGGCUGGAGUGGGGAUGGCCGCGUCUGCGUGGCCAUUGAUGAAUGUGAGCUGGAUGCGCGAGGUGGCUGCCAUGCCGACGCCCUCUGCAGCUAUGUGGGCCCUGGACAGAGCCGAUGCACCUGCAAGCUGGGCUUUGCCGGGGAUGGCUACGAGUGCAGUCCUAUUGACCCCUGUCGGGCAGGCAACGGUGGCUGCCACAGCCUGGCCACAUGCCAAGCAGUAGGGGGAGGUCAGCGGGUCUGCACAUGUCCCCCUGGCUUUGAGGGUGACGGCUUCAGCUGUUACGGAGACAUCUUAUGGGAGCUGGAGGCAAAUGCCCAUUUCUCCAUCUUCUACCAGUGGUUCAAGAGUGCCGGCAUCACGCUUCCUGCUGACAGCCGAGUCACAGCCCUGGUGCCCUCUGAGGCUGCCAUCCGUAGGCUGAGUUCCGAGGACCGAGCCUUCUGGCUGCAGCCGAGGAUGCUGCCAAGCCUGAUCAGGGCACAUUUUCUCCAGGGCGCCUACUGCGAGGAGGAGCUGUCCCGGUUGGGUGGACAGGAUGUGGCCACCCUGAGCCCCACUACACGCUGGGAGAUUCGCAACGUCAGUGGGAGGGUCUGGGUGCAGAAUGCCAGUGUGGAUGUGGCUGACCUCCUUGCCACCAAUGGUGUCCUGCACAUCCUCAGCCAGGUCUUACUGCCUCUGCGAGGGGAUGUGCAGCGGGGACCGGGGCUGCUGCAGCAACUGGACUCGGUGCCUGCCUUCAGCCUCUUCCGGGAGCUGCUGCAGCACCACAAGCUGGUGCCUCAGAUUGAGGCCGCCACUGCCUACACCAUCUUUGUGCCCACGAACCACUCCCUGGAGUCCCAGGGCAACAGCAGCAGCCUGGACGCAGACGCAGUGCGACACCACGUGAUCCUGGGGGAGGCGCUCUCUGUCGAAGCCCUGGGGAGGGGGGGACACCGCAACUCCCUCCUGGGCCCUGCCCACUGGCUCAUCUUCUACAACCACAGCGGCCAGCCUGAGGUGAACCACGUGCCGCUGCAAGGCCCCAUACUGGAGGCCCCUGGCCGAUCACUGUUUGGUCUAUCGGGGGUACUGACGGUGGGCUCAAGCCGCUGCCUGCACAGCCAUGCUGAGGCACUGCGGGAGAAAUGCAUAAACUGUACCAGGAAAUACCGCUGUACUCAGGGCUUCCAGUUGCAGGACACGCCCAGAAAGAGCUGUGUCUACCGAUCUGGCUACUCCUUCUCCCGGGGCUGUUCUUACACAUGUGCCAAGAAGAUCCAGGUGCCCGACUGCUGCCCUGGCUUCUUUGGCACCUUGUGUGAGCCAUGCCCCGGAGGUCUGGGGGGCGUGUGCUCAGGCCAUGGGCAGUGCCAGGACAGGCUCCUGGGCAGCGGGGAGUGCCGUUGCCAUGAGGGAUUCCAUGGAACAGCCUGUGAAAUGUGUGAGCUGGGCCGCUACGGGUCCAACUGCACUGGCGUGUGUGACUGUGCCCAUGGUCUAUGCCAGGAGGGGCUGCAAGGGGACGGGAGCUGUGUCUGCAGCGUGGGCUGGCAAGGCCUCCGCUGUGAUCAGAGAAUUGUGGGCCCUCAGUGCUCCAAGAUGUGUGACCCCAAUGCCAACUGCGUGCAGAACUUGACUGGAGCCCCCAUGUGCGUCUGUGCUGCGGGAUACUCAGGCAAUGGCAUCUACUGUUCAGAAGUGGACCCCUGUGCCCAAGGCCAUGGGGGCUGCUCCCCUCAUGCCAACUGCACCAAGGUGGCACCCGGACAGCGGACAUGCACCUGUCAGGAUGGCUACACAGGCGAUGGGGAGCUGUGCCAGGAAGUUAACAGCUGCCUCGUACGCCAUGGAGGCUGCCACAUGCACGCUGAGUGCAUUUCCAUAGGCCCCCAACAGGUCUCCUGCAGCUGCCGUGAGGGUUACCGUGGGGACGGCAUCCGGACCUGCGAGCUGCUGGAUCCCUGCUCUCAGAGCAAUGGAGGCUGCAGUCCUUAUGCCAUAUGCAAAAGCACAGGGGAUGGCCAGAGAACAUGUACCUGUGACCCAUCACACACCGUGGGGGAUGGCUUCACCUGCCGUGCCCGAGUUGGCCUGGAGCUUCUUCGGGAUAGGCAUGCCUCAUUCUUCAGCCUCUACCUCCUGGAAUACAAGGAGCUCAAGGGCGAUGGGCCUUUCACAAUCUUCGUGCCGCACGCAGAUCUGAUGACCAACCUGUCGCAGGAUGAGCUAGCCCGAAUUCGUGCACAUCGCCAACUGACGUUUCGCUAUCACGUGGUCGGCUGCCGGCGGCUGGGGAGUCAGGAGCUGCUGGAUCAGGGUUAUGCCACCACGCUAUCCGGGCACCCGCUGCGCUUCAGCGAGAGAGAGGGCAGCAUAUACAUCAAUGACUUCGCUCGCGUUGUGAGCAGCGACCACGAGGCGGUGAACGGAGUUCUGCACUUCAUCGACCGAGUCCUGCUGCCGCCCGAUGUUCUACACUGGGAGCCUGACGCUGCCCCUAUCCCGAGGAGAAACGUCACCGCUGCCGCCCAGAGCUUCGGUUUCAAGAUCUUCAGUGGCCUCCUGACGGUGGCCGGCCUCCUGCCCCUGCUUCGAGAUGCAUCCCAUAGGCCCUUUACAAUGCUGUGGCCCACAGACUCCGCCCUGCAAGCCCUGCCUCCUGAUCGCCAGGCCUGGCUGUACCACGAGGACCACCGAGACAAGCUGGCAGCCAUUCUGCGGGGCCACAUGAUCCGCAAUGUUGAGGCCUUGGCAUCUGACCUGCCCAACCUGGGCCCACUCCGGACCAUGCAUGGGACUCCCAUCUCCUUCUCCUGCAGCCGUACCCGGCCCGGUGAGCUCAUGGUGGGUGAGGAUGAGGCCCACAUUGUGCAGCGGCACUUGCUCUUUGAGGGUGGCCUGGCCUAUGGCAUCGACCAGCUACUGGAGCCACCUGGUCUUGGUGCUCGCUGUGACCACUUUGAGACCCAGGCACUGCGACUGAAGACCUGCAGCAUCUGUGGUCUGGAGCCACCCUGUCCUGAGGGCUCCCAGGAGCAGGGCAGCCCUGAGGUCUGCUGGCGCUACUACUCAAAGUACUGGGCAUCCUCUUUACGGCGCUCUUUUAAACUAUACAACGCCUGGGCCCGGCCCAGCCUUUGGGGUCAGCCGCAAGGCCUGGGCAGGGGCUGCCACCGCAACUGUGUCACCACCACCUGGAAGCCAAGCUGCUGCCCUGGUCACUAUGGCAGUGAGUGCCAAGCUUGCCCUGGCGGCCCCAGCAGCCCCUGCAGUGACCAUGGAGUGUGCCUGGAUGGCAUGAGUGGCAAUGGGCAGUGUAGGUGCCGCUCUGGUUUUGCCGGGACAGCCUGUGAACUCUGUGCUCCGGGUGCCUUUGGACCCCAUUGUCAAGCCUGCCGCUGCACCUUGCAUGGCCACUGUGAUGAAGGUCUUGGGGGCUCUGGCUCCUGCUUUUGCGAUGAAGGCUGGACCGGCCCACACUGUGAGGUGCAACUGGAGCUGCGGCCUGUGUGUGCCCCACCCUGUGCGCCCCAGGCCGUGUGCCGUGCAGGCAACAGCUGUGAGUGCAGCCUGGGCUAUGAAGGGGACGGCCGUGUGUGCACAGUGGCAGACCUGUGCCAGGAUGGGCAUGGUGGCUGCAGCGAGCAUGCCAACUGCAGCCAGGUAGGCACAGUGAUCACCUGUGCCUGCCUGCCUGACUACGAGGGUGAUGGCUGGAGCUGCCGGGCCCGCAACCCUUGUGCGGAUGGCCAUCGCGGUGGCUGCAGUGAGCAUGCCGAUUGUCUGAGCACUGGCCCGAACACACGGCGCUGUGAGUGCCAUGCAGGUUACGUAGGUGAUGGACAGCAGUGUCUGGAGGAGCUAGAGCCGCCCGUGGAUCGCUGCCUGGGCCAGCCACCACCUUGCCACUCGGAUGCCACGUGCACUGACCUGCACUUCCAAGAGAAACGGGCUGGUGUCUUUCAUCUCCAGGCCACCAGUGGCCCUUAUGGCCUGAACUUCUCAGAGGCCGAGGCAGCAUGUGGCGCCCAGGGAGCUGUCCUUGCUUCCCUCCCUCAGCUCUCUGCUGCCCAGCAGCUGGGCUUCCACCUGUGCCUCAUGGGCUGGCUGGCCAACGGUUCUGCUGCCCACCCCGUCGUUUUCCCUGCAGCAGACUGUGGUGAUGGUCGGGUGGGGAUAGUCAGCCUCGGUGCCCGCCAGAACCUCUCAGAGCGUUGGGACGCCUACUGCUUCCGUGAACAAGAUGUGGCCUGCCGGUGCCGAGAUGGCUUUGUGGGUGACGGGAUCAGCAUGUGCAACGGGAAGUUGCUUGAUGUACUGGCUGCCACUGCUAACUUCUCCACCUUCUAUGGGAUGCUACUGGACUAUGCCAAUACCACCCAGCGGGGUCUCAACUUCCUGGACUUCCUGGAUGAUGAACUCACCUACAAAACCCUCUUUGUCCCUGUCAAUGAAGCCUUUGUGGACAACAUGACGCUGAGUGGUCCAGACCUGGAGCUGCAUGCCUCCAACGCCACCCUCCUAAGCGCCAACGCCAGCCAGGGAAAGUUGCUCCCUGCCCACUCAGGCCUCAGCCUCAUCAUCAGUGAUGUGGGCCCUGACAACAGUUCUUGGGCCCCCAUGGCCCCAGGGGCAGUUGUGGUUAGCCGUGUCAUCGUGUGGGACAUCAUGGCCUUCAAUGGCAUCAUCCACGCCCUGGCCAGCCCCCUCCUGGCACCCCCACAGCCUCAAGUGGUGCUGGCACCUGAGGCCCCACCUGUGGCAGCAGGCGUGGGGGCUGUGGUAGCUGCUGGAGCGCUGCUUGGCCUGGUGGCUGGAGCUUUUUACCUCCGUGCCCGAGGCAAGCCCUCGGGCUUUGGUUUCUCUGCCUUCCAGGCAGAAGAUGAUGCUGGCGAUGACUUCUCCCCAUGGCAAGAAGGGACCAGUCCAACCCUCAUCUCUGUCCCCAACCCUGUCUUUGGCAGCCACGAUGCCUUUUCUGAGCCUUUUGAUGACUCGCUCCUGGAGGAGGACUUCCCGGACACCCAGAGGAUCCUUACGGUCAAGUGACAAGACCGGGCUGCAGGCGAGGCACGCGCAGGAAGGAGACCACUUUUAUUGCUUGUCUGGACGGAUACCCAGAGUGGAUGGGGCAGGAGGGGCUGGGGCCUGUCCGGAACAAUAAAGGUGCCCUCAGCGGAUGUGGGCCAUGUCGCCGAG